AUUUGUCACAGAUUCAGCCCCUUCUUCUCGACCCAUUUCUAUCAUGAGCACCAAAUUUACUGGCACUGUUCUCGUUCACGGUGAUGAAACUGUACAUCCAACCGGUGGGGGCGAAGUCGCUCCGUCCAUCUCUGUUUCAUCAACAUUCAAGGCGAGCUCUCCGGAAGAAAGACUCGACAAUGUGGACUUCAAGAACCCAGAGCGACACGUAUAUUCUCGGUACACCCAAGAUGUUAGCACUCGCGCCGAGCACAUUUUGAGUAAAAUCAACGGUGGACAUGCCCUUACAUACGCGUCUGGGCUGUCGGCUGCGUAUGCUGCGCUCGUUUUCUUCAAGCCCAAGCGUGUUGCAAUGAACGGAAGCUACUUUGGAUGCCAUGCUACUAUAGAGGUGUACAGCAAAAGCCGAGACACAAACUUGGAGAUGAUUGACCUUGACGAUGAGUUCCAGCCCGGCGACCUGUGCUGGUUGGAGACACCAUUAAACCCAACAGGAGAAUCAAGGGACAUUGCUUAUUAUGCUGACAAGGUACACAAGGCGGGAGGAAAACUACUGGUAGAUUCCACCUUUGCGCCGCCACCUCUCCAGUACCCAUUCAAAUGGGGUGCAGACUGUAUCCUUCAUUCAGCGACCAAAUACUUGGGCGGUCAUUCUGAUCUACUCGGUGGCGUGCUUGUUGUAAAAACACUGGACGAAUGGACGACUCUGCAACAUGAUAGGACGUACCUCGGAAAUGUACUAGGAUCCCUUGAAGCCUGGUUACUUCUCCGUUCUCUACGCACUCUGCAUCUUCGAGUUCCGCGUCAAUCCGAGACGGCGACCGUUUUAGCAAAGUGGCUACAGUCAGCGGAGCGAACACCCGAAGGCCAGACAUUCGACGGCGUUCCAGGUGGGCUCGUCACCAAGGUUUGGCAUUCGUCCUUGCAGACCAAGGAUGCAAGAGGGUUCGAACCUAAACAUCAGAUGGAAGGCGGAUGGAACGGCACAUUUGCUAUCCAGCUGGCAACUCCCGAGCAGGCUAUCCAGCUCCCACAUACCGUAAAAUAUUUCGUUGCUGCGACAAGUCUUGGCGGCGUAGAAUCACUCAUUGAAUACAGGGCUCGAGCGGAUGUUAGAGAAGAUCCAAGGCUAAUCAGGAUUAGCAUCGGGGUCGAAGAUGUUGAAGAUCUCAAGGAUGGCCUGCGAAUUGGUCUACAAAAGGUAGCAUCUAUUAAGAGUAAAUUGUAGCUGCACCUUUGUACCUCAGAGGACGCCUGAAAUAUAGACGUAUUUUCUGCAAUGGCAUUAACAGAAAGCUGGAUCCACCUUGACGUAGUCCACAU